UAUAUCAUUUUAUGCUUACGCUACAGCCAAUAUUUGUUAAUUCGUAUUUAAAAUCACUUUUUUAAUACUAAAUGCUUUAACCGGAAGUUCAUAUAUUGGCGGAAGUACACGGUCACUUGUCAAGGGAGACAAUCCGUCACGACACAUGAAAUGAAACCGGUUAGGUGAUAGUGAAAACUACACGUAGUGAGUUUAAGUCAUGGGGAAGAGUCCGUUUAGAGUGAUUUUAAGAAUAAUUCACUACGUUGUAGCCCUGACCACGUUCGUUAAACAAUGGCUGCUGAAAUACCCGGUGUUUCCAUUCAAGAAAACAGACAUUGCCAGUGUUCAGUCUGAUGCAAGAAAAUUGAAGAAACUUCCAUUACAUUUAGGACUGUUAGUGUUAGAGGACGAGUUCUCAUACGCAGAUAUUGCUAGGUUAAUAUUGUGGUCAUCAGCGAUGGGAAUAUCAUUUGUCAGUGUGUAUGACGUAAAUGGCCUGGUGAAAUUUAAUGAAAAAGUACUCGCUGCAGAAGUGCAGAAGCAGAAAGGUCUACAAACAGAUUCAGAGAAAAUAAAAACUGACAUUUACAUAUGUUGUGGAAUUAAAAGAGUCGAUGCAAAGCGUCUUAGCUCACCGCAGACCACAGUGUUCCUUUUAUCGAUGGAUGAUGGGUUUCAGUCGAUCGUAAACAUUACCAGAAGUAUAUAUAGUCGAGUAAAAUGUAAACAGAUGAAAGUGUCCGAGAUAGAUCCUCAUUCCUUAGAUACUGUAUUUCAAGAAGAGACUGGCUACCCAGAUCCUGACAUGGUUAUUAGGUUUGGUCAGACAGAAUCCCUGCUUGGCUUCAUGCCUUGGCAAGUGCGGCUCACCGAAAUAUUGUCAUUACCAUCUCAUCAAUGUCUAGAAUACAAAACAUUUAGGUCGGUGCUUCUCAGUUAUGGCAAUACACAGCAGCGAUUUGGAAAAUAACUCAGACACCAGUCGGCAACUUGCCAAAAGUUUUUGUCACAAUAUCUCAUGUGUCAGUGUGAUUGAUGAUGAAGGCUGGAAGAAGUUACAGCAAAGAAGUUCCUAUUCAUUUGCUGGAAGAAUAAAUGAAGAUUAUGUUUCAUUCACAGUCAAUCAUGCACAAAUGCAGUUUUAUGCCCUCACUUUAAUGAUUGGCGGCAUAUAGGUAUGCCCAAGUCUGACGGUUGGAUUUUUGUGUCCUGCAUACUUCGAAAAGUUUAACAGCUUUACUGGUGAAACUGAAUACUACAUGAAUUCAUAUCAACUUGUAAAUUUGAGCAUUUGGGUAUUUAAGUGAUUGUUUUGAACAUCUGCAAAGUUUUGAAACAAAAGUGCAAUAUAAUAUGUACAUCCUUG